UCCCGGCCAAAACAGUCACCAGGCGAAGCUAAUGGAGUGGAAGUGGAGAUUGUCGGCGAUGCUCGACUGACAGUAGUUGGCCACUCGUUGCCUCAUCUUCUUCGGCCCGCUGGCGAGCACUCCCACGCUCUCUCCUUCCACUUCCAGCAGUAUCCUAUUCAUGUUUGGCCGUUUCCCGAGGUGCACCGUAGUGGCUUGCCGGAUUGCAUUCCGCGGCUGGCUCUCUACCUCCUCCGCCGACUCCGAAUCUCCGCCGCUCAGCAGCGUCGCCGGGGACGUUGUUGUCGGCGCGGGGAUCGCUCUGUUGAGAACGGGAGUCGUUUGGCUGCUGCUUCGUCUGUUGUUCCACAGGAAGCCGACCGUCGCGGUGACGACCACGGCGACGCAGAUGGACAGGAUGUUGAGCGCGGCCUUGGCCGGAGUGGAGAAUCGCAUGUUCGUGUUGCCGUCGAUCGGGUAUAUGUAGUACUGCGUGGCGAGCCCGAUCAGCACCAGGUAGAUGACGAACGAGCCGGAGAUGAUGGCUCCCAGCCAGAUCCAGCUGUUGGAGCCCAGCGCCGCGGCGACGGGGGAAUCGGUGCCGUUUUGACGGAACCAGAGGGUUUGGAUUUGGCUCGAGGAUUCGUCCUCAGGUUUCAUUUCCUUGUCUCUGGUGACGAAAGCUUCGAUCCGCAGCUCCGCGCAGGAGAAGUCUAGAGGGGCUGCGUUUGCUGAUUCCGGUACCGGGAGGAUUAGGUCGAGGAUCGUGAGAUCGACGCAGUGCUUGAAAGCGCAGAUCAAGAGCAGUUUCGGAGUUUUGACGGUCUUCGUGUUGGAUUGGCUGAGGAUUUCUCGGAUGAUUGAGAUGAACGGCGUGAUUCCACUGCCUCCGCUUACCAUAACCAGCGUAUCGUGCCUGGUAACAAUGGUGGGGCUUUUGAUUAGACUAUUUGAGUACUGACCUGGGCUCUUGGAGAAAUUCAACUCCACUGCUCGACAGGGCAAGACUCGAGCUGAAACCAAGCAAACCUUCUGCUGGGAUUGAAGCAAUCUCAGGAACCGAUCAAUGGCGAAGAGGUAGAAACCAGGAAGGAUUGUGCAGGCGGAAGAGAAGCCGACAUGGAACACAUAGAACACAACAAAGACGAUGUAGAGAUAGUGUGUGUAGAAGAAGAGCUCGAACAUCUUCCUUCUGAUGCAAGUAAAGCUCGUCGCCCACAUGACCAAUCCAGCGGUUAAAGCUAUUUCUCCAGCCACAUUGGAUACUAAGAGAUCGUCCCAUUUCAGCAUCUUCUCAUCAUCACAAUGUAACAAAAUUGGUGAUGAAGCAUAGGCCGUGGAGCGUGAAAAGUGUCAUCGCCAUGUGUCCCAACCACAUAUGGUACUUGAUGCUUGACUCUGAAGUGAGGCCAACCAGCUGAAGCACUGAAGAUCCUCUGGUUUUGGGCCGGGCCGGACGAACAGAUCCUGGCCACUUCAUGUCUCAGCGAUC